AUGCGCAUAGCUCUGGGUCGAGGUGUGUAUUCGUCAAUCGCAGUUGUGUGCACGACGCUACCAUCUCGCACAAGCGAGUUCCGAGACAGCGUAGCUUCACGGAAAAGAAAGUCCAACGACUGGGAGCGACCGGUCGACUCUGACCCCUGCGACGGAAGAGCACGCUAUUUCGUUACUCAUUGUCGGCGCACGUCGUCGAUCGGUCGCGGU